AUGGGGACUCGUACUCAACAUAAAGAUGAGGAGACCCAUGCAAGGUCAGAUACCAGCAGUUCAAGGUUUAGACAUCGUAAAAUAAGUGUGAAACAACAUUUAAGAAUAUAUAAACCGAAUGAUUUAAAACAUUUGGAUGAACAAGAAUUGCAACAGCGAGAUGUCGCAGAAAUAGAAACUGGUGUCGAAAAACAUGAAGAAAAAGAAGUUCAUUUAUCAAGAAUAUUGAAAAAGAGUAACGUAGGCUUAGUUAAUGAUAAAAAAAAGGAGUAUAUCCCAACUCCUGGUGCCAACGUUAAUUGGAAUGAAUUUGAAAACUUUUAUACAGGUAAAUUUAUCGAACCAAAAUCUUAUAUAAAGUUUUCUGCUACUGUAGAAGAUUGCUGUGGUUUAAGUUAUUGCAUGGAUGAAAUUGAUGAUGAGUUUUUAAUUAAUUUCAAUAAAAAAAUAGAUCAAUCCAAGACUUUGCACGACGACGAAUUUGAAUUACUAUGCACUUCUUUUGAAAGCGCUAUUCAUGAAAGACAACCAUUUCUAAGCGUCGAUCCAGAAAGUAUUUUGACUUUUGAUGAAAUUAAACCAACUUUAUUAAAAUCCGAUUUUGGUAACCAACAAUUGAAAAAUAAAUUAGCAGGUGAAAUUGGCUUUCCACAAGAUUUAACUUACGUAACACAAUUCGACCAAAAUCAAGAAACUGAUUCAAUAAGACCAUUAUCAGUUCUUUUAGAAAAUUUUGGUUCAAAUAUUUAUGACCAUUGGAAAAAUCGUAAAAUAAAAGCAAAUGGUGCAGAAAUUUUCCCACAAUUAAAGUUUGAAAGACCUGAUGAAAAGGAAAGUUCAGAUCCUUACGUUUGUUUCCGCAGACGUGAUGUAAGACAACCAAGAAAGACAAGACGUGUAGAUAUUGUAAAUAGUCAAAAAUUAAGGUUAUUACACCGCGCUUUGAAAAACGCAAAAGAGUUAGCUUUGUUAGUUGCAAAGCGUGAAUUCAUCGAAUCGAACUUAUUGCAAAAAGAAUUAAACAUAUUCAAUAACAGAUGCGAAGUAAAAUCUUUGAAACGUACUUUGAAUAUUAAAAGUGAAGAUGAUGAUUUGAUCAGCCAUAAGAGAAAGCGUAUUAAUAUCAUUGGCAAGCCUAAGAAAUCUGAAAUCAAGGAUACAAGUGGUGCAACAACCAACGAACCUACUACAACUAGAAAGAAUGGUAAGAAUAAAUUAUCGAAAAAUGCUGCUGCUAAUCUUGAGUUGCUUGUCAAAUCUGGCCAAAAACUCACAAAGCAACAAUUGUUGCAAUUACAAAAUCAAGUUGUUGCGCAGACUGGAUCUCAACCAACAAAACAACAGCUUCAACAGUUACAACAGUUGCAGCAAGCACAACAACAAGCACAACAACUGGCACAACAACAGGCACAGCAACAAGCACAGCAACAACAGGCCCAACAACAACAGCAGCAAUCCCAACAACAACAAAAUGUAUCUCAUGUUUAUGUUAAAUUGCCUACUUCUAAAAUUCCUGAUAUCAUGUUAGAAGAUGUAGAUAAUUUGUUAACAAGCAAAGAAAAGAAUGCAAGAAAAUAUGUUCAAGAUAGAAUGGACAAGAGAAAAUUAGAAGAUGGAAAGGUAUUUUUUAAUUUGACAGAUGAUCCAUAUAAUCCUGUUUUCGAUAUUUUACUACCAAAAAAUGUUUCACCAGAAACUGCACCUUUUGCGUCUAUCGCAUCCUCUAAAUUUGAAGUUAACCGUUCUUAUUAUAUCCCACAUUUACAUGAUUACUUGAAGGGAACUUCAAAUGAAAUUACUGCAUUAAAUAAAAAUGGUGAUAGAAUCUCUAAUGAUAAUAAAGUAAGAAAAUUGGAAAUUUAUGAUCCUUUCCAAUCAGAUAACGAAAUUGUAACGAAAGAAUUCCCUAUAAAAUUCAGAAAACGUAUCGGUCGUAAUAAUAUCAAAUAUAUCGACCGUAAGCCAAAUAAUAUUGAUUGGAGCGUAAAAUCUGUAUUUAACAAAUUUAUGGAUCUUGAUAAAGUAGAAGAACAAGAAAAAGAUCCAAACAGUAUUAUUGAUGUGUAUGAUUCAAAAAUGGAUGAACUAUCCAGAUUCUACGACAAAUGGAAAUAUGAUUCGCCAAGAAAUGAAUAUGGUACACCUUUUAUGAAGGAACCCCCAAGGCUGAAUCAAAUUUCAAAUGAUACACAGGUCAUUAGAUUCGGUACUAUGCUGGGAAGCAAAGCAUAUGAACAACUUAGAGAUAUCACAAUUAAGUAUCGCCAAGAGUACAUUGCCAAGAUAAAACAACAAAAAUUAGUCAAUCAAAAUCAGAUAAAACAGUCAACGUCAAACGAUAAAUCUUCGAGCACUCCUCGUAGGGGCCCAACAAAAGUGGAAUCUCAAAAUAAUUUGUUAGAUAAGGUUGAAGGUUCUCCUGCACCACAGAUACCGAAAAAACAACAAGUGAUUCCUGUUGCACAACAAAAAUCAUCCUAA